AUGGCGACCGUGAAAGCGGAUAGACCUGGACAAACCGAACUCGACGCUAUGAGGCGUAAAAGGGCAUACACACGUCGAGUAUUCAUCAGGUCAGUGCGAAAGAUAGAGGGGUCGAAUGAUAUUGAGCAGAUGACUGUCGAAUUUCAGUAUCUUGUAGAGAAAUUGGAAGAGUUAAAAUCUUUUGACAGUCAAAUAAAAAAUAUGACGAUCGAUUCUUGCACGGAUGAGCAAUUUGAUGAAGAAUGUGACGAAUGCGAAUCGUAUUUAAGGAAGUAUUAUGCAGUAAAAGUUAAGAUUGAAAAAUUACGAAAGGAAUGUGAUAGAGCAAAUACAUCUUCAGCGGCUACUGACGGAUCUCAUCAGAAGAGAAACAUAAAGCUACCGAAUAUCGAGCUCAUAAAAUUCGAUGACAAUCCGAAGACGUGGUUAUCUUUCUGGGGACAGUUCAAAAAGAUACACGAGGACGAGACUCUUGAACCAGAAGAUAAGUUCCAGUAUCUCAUACAGGCUAUGAAGGAGGGGUCCAAAAGCAGAGAGCUCGUAACUAGCUACCCUCCGUCUGGCAAGAAUUACCCAAGAGCGCUGGAGCAGCUACAGGGACGAUUUGCUCGAGAAGGUAUCCUCAUCGAGACGUAUGUGAGAGAGCUGCUAGGUCUCGUAUUAUGUCAGGCUAAGGGACAAAAUAUGGAUAUAAGAUCGCUUUACGACCAGUUGAUGACCCAUUUGCACGCUUUAGAGUCACUCAAAGUAACAACGGAAAAGUACGGAGCGAUGUUGUAUCCAUUAGUCGAAUCAGCUUUACCUGAAAAUAUUUUAAUUGUUUGGAAUCGAACUAGAAUUGUAAACGAUGUUGGUCAAUUAACGCAACUUUUAGAGUUCUUAAAACGGGAAGCCGAGGCUGAGGAACACAUUAAAUUGACGCGCGCUAACUUUAAUACUUAUAGUUCUUCCAGCAGUGUUGAUAUGCCGCCGACAGCAGCUUGCAUCGUUUCGAAAGAGGAGACAAGUUCCAGUAAAACAGGUAAUGACUUUUGCUAUUUUUGUGAUAAUACGUCUCAUUCGAUUCUUCAAUGUAAUAAAGGGCUCAAAAUGUCUUUAGAUGAAAAAAGAGCCGCUGUCAAAGAUAAGAGGGGUUGUUUAAUUUGUUUACGUAAAGGUCACGUAGCUAAGCACUGCAAGAAGUUUUUAAAAUGUAUGGCCUGCGGUAAACGUCAUGUAGUGAUAUUUUGUCCGGACCUUUAUAGGGAUAAACAAAAGGAACCCAAAGAAGCGACAGCACUUUUCUCUAGGAAAGGCGGAAAUAUUUUAUUACAGACUUUGAUUUUAGAGGUUUCACAUGAGGGUAAAAAGAAGAAAAUACGUGCUCUGUGUGAUACUGGAUCGCAAAGGUCGUAUAUUAGGAAAAACGUAGUAAAAGAGUUAGGCCUUAAGGUAGUAGGUAUAGAGAAUUUAGGUUAUUCACUAUUUAGUGGUGUUACUAAGCCAGCAGAAAACCACAGUCUUAUCGAAGUGAAUGUAAGUAGUCUAGAUUCUUCUUUCUCUACAAAAUUCAUUGGUCUUGAACUCGACGACAUUUGUGGCUAUCUUCCCAAAGCAGACGAUCCCAAGCUAAGGUCAAAGUUAAAGUCACUGAAUAUAAGUAUUGACGACAGUGACUGUGACCUUAGCGAUGUAAAUAUGUUAAUAGGAGCUGAUUAUUUAGGAGUAAUUUGUACGGGCACUAUUGUACAAUUAGAUGGGCCUUUAGUAGCUAUUAAGACGAGGCUAGGAUGGACAUUACAGGGCCCUAACUUUUAUAGUGCUGCACAAUGCUCAAUAACUUUCAAUUGUCACGCUCAGAGUAAACUUUCAGAUUUGUGGGAUUUAGAGAUAUUAGGGAUUUCAGAGCCACAUGAACAGAUGUGCAAAGAUAGGAAAAAAGGAGAGGUAAUGAGUCAAUUUGAGCAGAAUAUUAGUUUUAAAGACAAUUGUUACCAAGUAGGGUUUUUGUGGAAAGAUGGUUACCCCGAAAUAGGCAGUAAUUACAAUGUAGCUUAUAAAAGACUUUUAACGACGACUAGGAAGUUAGAGUGGACUGGUGAUUUGCUAAGUUAUAACGAUGUUUUUCAGAAUUGGUUAGACGAAGAUAUUAUAGAACAUACUGAAAACAAUAUAGCAGAAGGACACUUUAUUCCUCGUCACGCAGUCAUUAAGAUGUCUAGGACUACAACGAAGAUACGUCCAGUAUUCGACGCAUCGUGUAAAGAUGCGCAAGGAUUGUCUUUGAAUAACUGCAUCGAAUCGGGUACCAAUCUUAUAGAACUAAUCCCUAAAUUAUUGAUGAACUUUAGGAAAGGUACGUACGGCGUCACGUCGGAUAUAAAGCAAGCCUUUCAGCAAAUUUUAGUUUCAGAGAAAGAUACAGAGUAUUUGAAGUUUCUGUGGUGGGAGAAUCCGUUGACCAAAGAGAAGAUAGUCACUUUCAGACAUAAGAGAGUAGUAUUUGGGGUGACUUGUAGUCCGUUUCUCUUGGCGGCUACGAUUAAUUAUCACUUAGGCAAUUUUGAAGGAAUGUACGGUCAGACAGUUGAAAUUUUGAAACACUCCUUUUAUGUUGAUAAUUGUGUAGCUAGUUUUGAUACAAAAGAGGCUUUAUUUACUUUUAUAAACGAAGCUAAGGAAGUUAUGCUAAAGGGGGGUUUUGAUUUACGAUGUUGGGUUACCGCUCCUAUUAGAGUAGAUAACACUGUCCAGACUCAAUCUGUAUUAGGAGUACUAUGGAAUACUCUUACGGACGAAUUACAGUGUAGUUUCCGUCUUAGUAGCACUAUACCAGAUCGGGUCACGAAGAGAGAUCUUUUGUCAUUAACUCAGCAGAUAUUUGACCCUAUUGGAUUUCUUGCACCUGUUAGCCUAGUGCCUAAACUAAUAGUACAAAAGGCUUGGAUAGAUAGUACAGGUUGGGAUCAAGCUAUCAGCAACGAGUUAUCGAAGGAAUUUAAGAGUUGGCUAAAUCAUGUUCAUCUGAUAAAUGAUUGCAAGUUGCCGAGACGCUUAUCAGAGGAGAGGUUGACGAACUGUAACAAAAGUUUACAUUUGUUUUGUGACGCAUCUAUUAAUGCUUAUGCAGGUUGUGUCUUUCUUCGGACCGAAUGCAAAAGUAAAGUUACGAUUAGGCUGGUUAUGGCCAAAAGUAGAGUAGCGCCAAUUAAAAGAUCAAUAACUUUACCUAGAUUGGAGCUAAUGGGAGCGCUUAUUGCAUCGCGGCUUGCAAAUGAGAUAAGUAGAACGUUGUUUACCGACGACACCUGCCCGUUAUAUUGUUGGACAGACUCCGCGGUUGUGUUAGCCUGGAUCCAAAGACAGUGUUCUUGGAAGCCGUUUGUGAGCAAUAGGGUAAGUGAAAUUUGUGCUCACACUAAGAAGGAACAUUGGCGGCACGUACCGGGCCACUGCAAUCCGGCAGACCUACUGUCACGUGGCUGUAAUAUGAAGACAUUAAUGGACAGUCACUGGUGGGAUGGCCCUGCUUGGCUAUUAUCUGACCAUGAACUGUGGCCUCAGUCUAAUCACAUCGCAGUAGAUGAGAACGCUGUUUCCAUAGAAGCAAAGAAGGAGGUACUUGUAAAUACUAAUGUAGAUACUGAACAUUUUAGCGAGAAGCUUUUAUACUUUUCUAAGUAUUCAAGAAUUGUACGUGUAGUAGCUUGGAUAUUCCGAUGGAGAAGGCGACGAAUGUUUAGUAUAGCUUAUAUAAGCAAUGAUGAAUUCGAAGAAGCUGAGAAUAUACUUAUAAGACUUAUUCAGGGUGAACAUUAUGUAAAUAGAACUAAAUUGAAUAAGAAACUGUGCAUACAUUUAGAUAGUAAUAGUAUUAUGAGAGUAAAGACUAGAUUAGGUUUAGGAAAUUAUGAUAAAGAUUUUUCGAGUCCCAUAUUAUUACCAGGGAAAAAUGUCAUUGUGAGGCGACUCGUUGAAGAGAAACAUAUAUACUUAAAGCACAUUGGAUCACAUACUUUAAUGUCAGAGCUGAGAAACAGAUUCUGGAUUACAAGUGUGAGAUGGCUAUGUAAGGAUAUAGUUAAGAAAUACAUAAUUUGUCGUAGGCAAAAGGGCAUACAUUAUGAUACACCGGAGACACCACUCCCUCUUGAACGGAUUCAAGGCACGGCAGCGUUUCAAAUGACAGGUAUAGAUCUGGCCGGGCCGUUGUAUUUACGUAAUCAAGAGAAAUGUUGGGUGGUUUUAUUUACUUGCGCGACAUUUAGGGCUGUGCAUUUUGAGAUGGUAGACUCAUUGUCCACAAAUAGUUUUAUUAUGAGUCUUCGUAGAUUUAUUGCUCGAAGAGGUCGUAUAGACGUCAUUUUCACGGACAACGGAACAAAUUUUCGAGGGACUGCCAAUUUACUGAAGGAUAUUAAUUGGCAGGAGGUUGAAAGUGUGACGGCAGUCCAUGCUAUAAAGUGGCGUUUUAUUCCACCUAGAACUCCUUGGUGGGGAGGUUGGUGGGAGAGGCUCAUUAGAGUAUUAAAGGAGAUGUUGCGAAGAAUAUUGGGGCGUCAGCGAUUGACUUGGGUAGAGUUGGACACAGUCUUGUGCGAUUGUGAAGCUGUCAUUAAUAGUCGGCCACUAACAUAUGUCUCGACUUGUAUCGACGAUUUGCGGCCACUUACACCUAUGUUAUUUCUACAUGGCUUACCUUCUAAUGAUACUUCUGAUUUAGAUUAUGUAGAUAAUAUGAAUUUAAAUGUAAGAUACAAAUAUUUACAAAAGUUGAGAGAAGAUUUCAGAGUUCGAUUUCGUAAGGAGUAUUUGGCUUUACUUACAGCUAGAUGGAAGGAGAAGACAAUAGAAAUGAAGAAAGGAGAUAUAGUUCUAGUAGAGACAGACGCGAAAAGGCUAUUUUGGCCCUUGGGGUUAAUCAUGGAAGUAGUUACCGGGGCUGAUGGUGUUACUCGUUUGGCUAGAGUCAAGACUCAAAAAGGUGAAACUUUAAGACCAUGUCAGAGAUUGUAUCCGCUUGAGAUUUCAAAUGAUUCUGACCUCUUGCAACGAGCUGAAGUAACGAUAGAGGAUGGGAAGUUAUCAGUAAGUUCAGAUAGUCCCGACUUACCCUCCUCGGUUACAGGUGGCGCGAAGGUGACGAAAACAACGCGGUGCGGUCGAAAUGUGAAAUUGCCUGCUCGGUACUUAUAA